UUAGACUCUUGGAGGACUCAUGAAGAACGUCUCAAAGCAAUUAAACGUUGGAUUAAUUAUGAAGGACCAUCAGUGCUUAUAAUUGGUUAUGAAUUAUUUAGAAUUCUAACUUUUACUGAUGAGGAUAAGGCUAAUAUGAGUAAAAAUCGCAGGAAGAAUAUACCUUUGAAGAAGAAAUUGCCAGCUGCUAAAAAAUUGGAUAAGCUUAGACCACAGUUUUGCGAAUAUCUACAAAAUGGUGAGAAGAUCUACUUUUAUAUAAAUAUUUUUAUUUAGCUCCACAUUUACUUGUUUGUGAUGAAGGCCAUAAACUCAAAUCACCUUCAACUGCGCUUUUCUAUACAAUUGACAAAAUAAAAACGCUGAGGCGAAUUUGUAUGACUGGAACACCCCUUCAGAAUAAUUUAGAAGAGUAUUAUUGUAUGGUCAACUUUGUAAAGCCAGAUCUUCUUGGUAGUCUUGACGAAUUUAAAAGCCGUUUUUCUAAUAUAAUAAAAUGUGGAAGAUCAAAAGAUGCAAGUGCUUACGAUGUUCGUCGAAUGCGUAGAAGAUGCCAUGUGCUUUUUGAUCGACUUAAAUGUGUAUUAGAUUGGCGGGAUUAUAGUGUUUUGAGUCUUUAUCGCGUUUGGACGCAUCCAUACCUUUUGGUAGAACAUGUGAAACGUGAACAAUAUAAAUCUCAAAAUUCUAUUGAUGACUUCAUUGAUGAUGACUAUGAUUCAGAGGCAGAAAGUAAUGAUUCUGAUGAUAUUGUCGCUAUGGAUGCAUUAAAUGAUAAUCCCUCUACCUCUUCUGCUAACAAUAAAAAUAACGAGUUUGAAAAUCCUUUAGAAAAUUGGGCAAAAGAUUUAGUUUCUGAAAAGGAUCGAAAUAAUUUUGCUUUGAGCAACAAAUUACUACUACUUAUUGAAAUUAUUAAAAAAUGUGAAAAGAUUGGAGAUAAAUUGUAA